CUAUAGAUUUUUUGAGAUGGUAGGACUAGGAAACGGCCGUCGAGGGAUGAAGUCUCCACCUCUUUUAGUAGCAGCACUGGUGGCUUGCAUUAUUGUUUUGGGCUUCAAUUAUUGGAUUGCAAGUUGCCGCAGCAUUGAUUUGCAGAAUCGUAUAAUGGAACUAGAAGGCAGAGUCCGCAGGGCAGCAGCAGAAAGAGGUGCUGUUGAACUGAAAAAGAAUGAAUUCCAAGGAGAACUACAGAAACAGAGGGAGCAGAUUGACAAAAUCCAGACCCUGCAUAACUUCCAGAUGGAGAAUGCUAAUAAAAUACACAGGGAUGAGAAGGCUAUGUUAAUGAAUAACAUCACAAUAAAUGAGAAAUUGAUCCAGGACUUCCAAGAUCACUUGAAAGAGUUGCAGAAGGAAUAUGGAAAACUCCAACUGGAUGUAUAUCGGUUUCAGAAAAACCAGACUAACCUUCAGAAGAAAUUUACAUAUGAUAUGUCUCAGUGUAUCAAUCAGAUGAAGGAACUGAAAGAACAAUGUGAAGAAAGGAUAGAAGAAAUUACAAGAAAAGGCAAUGAGAUACCUCAAAGCAAGGGGGAAAAAGGCAGUUUUGACAAGCCUUAUCAGGUUAAUGUUCCAGUACCAACAUUUGGACAACCAGAAUUCCAACAGCGUGACUUGACAAAACUGGGAAAUGAACCUGAAGAAAAACAAAAAAUAUCUGAAAACUCAGAAGCUUCAGAAGCACCAAAACCAACACCCUUCAUGAAAAAUGUAGCAGAACUGGAUUAUCACAAAGGCAGAGGAAAUGAUGUUGCUGCCAUAAAUAAAGAAGAACCCCCAAAAGAGGAAGAAAAGCAUCCUGUUGACCAGGACCAUUCACCAAUACUUACUAAGCCUAGGCGAGAUAACAAGGAACUGCAUCCAGAACCUGGCACAGAACAGAAUCCAUAUGAGGAUAUUAGAAAUGCACUGGGUGAGGUUGUAGUAGAAAGACAGAAUGACAGAUGGCCAGAACCUAAAGGGCAUCGAGAUACCAAUCAGGCAAAUGCCGAUGAUGAAGAAGUGGAACGAGAGCAACUGUUAAAUGAUGAUCUGCAGCAGGAUGACCAGGAGAUCAGUAAGGAUGGUGAACUAGGAAUCAAGACAGCAAGACAGGGUAACAAAGGAGCGGACUAUAAUUUGGAUGUGAAUGAGGCAGAGUCUGAAACAGAUAAGCAAGCUGCCCUUGUUGACCAUCAACAUAAUUUGAAUGGUAAACCUUCCUAUCUUUCUGUUUCUGCACUGUUCUAGCACUUGUUCAUUUU